UUACAUAACCUCGUAUUUCGUAUUUUAUUUUGAUAAUUUGAUUCAGUUACGCCGACAUUUUUACAUAAAAGGACUAGAUAAGAGUAUUUGAGUGUCGAUUAAACCAUUUCAUUGAAAAAUUGCGUGUGGAAUAUUAGUGAUACAUAUUUUACAUUAGGUGAACAUAUCGGAUAAUUCUUACUCAUAUAGUGAAAGUAACCCUGUCAUUUUCAAGUUCACAUUAGAAUAUCAUUCAACUUGAUCAUAUGCUUUAAAUUAGAACUAUUCUUAAGGUUUUUGAUUAUCAAUAAAAAUGCCUCUACUGAGUUCUCCCGUAAGAACAUCAGUCUUAAAAAUCUUAAGAAGAUACCAACAAGUCCAAGCAAAAGUAACUCCACCCAGCUUGCCCACUGGACCAGUCUUCAGAAAUUCCACCCACUUUCCAGAUAGAAUAGCGAUUCGAGAUAGGAUUGCCAGUUAUACGUAUGCCAACAUUUUUAUGAGUGCUAAUGAGCUUUCAAAAGAAAUCACAAGUCUCUGCAAUGGACGUACUGGCGAAAGAGUUAUGUUCAUGUGUCCCAAUGAUGUUAAUUAUGUGAUUACUAUGUUUGCUAUAUGGAUGUCAGGACAAAUCGCUGUGCCUUUAAGUCCUCUCCACCCGAAGAACGUCCUUCUCUACUACGCUAACGAUUCCAACUCUAAACUGUUAAUAUCAGCUCCAGAAUACUCUGAACUCAUGCAAAAAGUCGUCUCAAUCAACACGAACAGUAAGCUCCACGUAUUGGACGAGAAAAUGAAACUGAACUGUGCCCAGAAAACAAAUUAUACACAGAGCGAUCUGGAGGGAGGAUUGCCCACUCAGUUCUAUGAUUCAAGCAAUGCGUUGAUUUUAUACACGAGUGGAACAACUGGAUCUCCGAAAGGUGUUGUCAUUUCUCACAAGAACAUUCAGUAUCAAACAACGACCUUAAUAGACGCUUGGAAAUGGUCCCCAAACGACGUAAUACUCCACACACUACCGCUCAAUCACAUCCACGGCAUAGUCAACGCUCUUCUGUGCCCUCUGUACAUUGGGGCCAAAGCCAUCAUGUUGAAGAAAUUCAACGCCAACACCGUUUGGUCAUACCUGCUGGGUAUCAAUGCAAAACCAGAAGACAGAAAGAUAUCUGUAUAUAUGGCGGUACCGACGAUCUAUUACAAACUUAUUGAAGAGUUCGAAAGGAUAUUUAAGGACGACCCGAAGAUGGUAGAAUAUGUAAAGAAUACGUUAAAGACGAAAAUGAGACUGAUGAUAAGUGGAUCGGCACCUAUGCCGGCUUCGAUGCACCAAAGAUGGCAGGAGAUAUCUGGUCAUCAAUUAUUACAAAGGUAUGGAAUGACCGAAUGUGGAAUGGUUCUAUCACAAUUAUAUGAUUCACCAAGGAAACCCGGCUAUGUGGGCAUACCACUGCCAGGAGUAUCUGCUAGAAUUGUUGAUGAAAACGAAGAAACUGGUGAAACCCAUACUGUUUUGGAAUGUACCAAUGUUGACGGAGAAUUAGAAUUCACUAAAAAAACAAAUCAAGCUGAAAAUCACAAAGGUGAAUUACUCUUGAAAGGAGACGGUAUCUUCAAAGAGUACUUCAACAGACCAGAAGCCACCCGAAAAGAGUUUACCAGUGACGGUUGGUUCAAAACCGGCGACGUUUCAGAAUACUCCUUGGAAGAUAAAGAAUUCAAAAUACUAGGAAGAAAAUCUGUAGACAUAAUCAAAUCAGGCGGAUACAAGCUGAGCGCAUUAGAAAUAGAAACCAAACUAUUACUACAUCCACAUAUUUUGGAAUGCGUCGUUGUAGGGCUAGACGAUGAUAAAUGGGGCCAAAGAGUUGUAGCUGCCGUGGUAUUACAUGAAGGAAAGGAAUUAACUUUAGAGGAACUUAGAGAGUGGGCAAAAGAUAAAAUGCCUCCUUAUUGGAUACCAAGUGUUGUUAAACCUGUUGCUAGUAUACCAAAAAAUGCCAUGGGCAAAGUCAAUAAGAAAGACUUGAUUAAGAGUUGGAUGUGAGAUGUUUAGUUUAGGGUUUUUGAAGAAUCAUUUUUUGUUUUCGUAACAAAAUGCUGAAUGUUUGCUGCGCACGUUUUUUUUUGUGUAUAUAUUUCAAAUCACCAUCAUUUUAUUCAUAUUCAUCACAGUAGCUCAAUAAUACAUAAAAAUAUGUUAAAUUAUUAAAUUAUUCUCAUGAUUUGAAAGACGUUAAACAAUGUCAGAUGACGUCAGACGUGAGCAGAUGAUAUGUCUGCAGAAUCUAUGUCUGUUUUUAUUAACGUUUCGACACCCAAGUCGGGUGUCGUUGUCAAAAUACAAAAUAAUACUAAAUUAAACAAAAAUGUUGUUGCUUAGUAAAAAAUUCUUCUAAUAAUUUAUUUAAUCUGACUCAUUUAUAUCGGCAAUUCAGACAUGUAUUAUACAUUUUAAAGUAGAAGGCUUUAAAAUGAUAUAGCCAAUAUUGAUGAGUUGCGUUACUGGGACUACUUUACUAAAAGAUAGUUCAUUUUAUUACAUGAAAUCAACCCAACUCAAGAAUAUCCGCCACAAAAAAUCAUAGCAUGUGAUCUGUCUUUAAAAAGACAACCAAAUGCAACGGUGGCAGUAAAAUUCUGGCGCUAGAGAUUCUAUAGUAAAUUCCACCGUUGCAUUUGGUUGUCUUUUUAAAGACAGAUCACAUACUAUGAUUUUUUGUGGCGGAUAUUCUUAAGUUGGGAUGAUUUCAUGUAAUCAAAUGAACUAUCUUUUAGUAAAGUCGUCCCAGGAACGCAACUCAUCAAUAUUGGCAAUAUCAUUUUAAAGUCUUCUACUUUAAAAUGUAUAAUACAUGUCUGAAUUGCCGAUAUAAAUGAGUCAGAUUAAAUAAAUAAUUAGAAGAAUUUAUUACUAAGCAACAAUAUUUUUGUUUAAUUUAAUAUUAUUUUGUAUUUUGAAAACGACACCCGACUUGGGCGUCGAAACGUUAAUAAAAUCAUUUUUUUGGUAAAAUUGUGGCUUAUUUCCCAUUGAAAAUAGUUGAUUAUAAAAAUGCCACAAGGAAAUAGCCUCAGAACAACAUUAUAAUAGUUUGAUAGUGUGUAUAACCUCAGCUUUCAAAAUACUUGCGCCAUACAAAUGGUCUCCCAGUUGUGGUGGUUUUUGUGUUCUGUGAUCUUUGAACAAAUUAUCUGUGUACAUUUACCAAGUAUUAAGUAUAUCCCUAGGGUCCUUAUUAGUUCAUCUUGGUCCUUAUGUGUAACAGUGACUUUUUUAUAUACUAGUGGCAAAUAUUCAGCUAUAAUUCGUCUCCUAUUUGGGAGUAAGUUUAAUCGUUUUAAUGAGACUGUUUAGUGGUUUGUGCCAUACAUUUCACAUUUCAUCUCCAUUUUAAAAAUAUGCACAAAGCAUUGAAUAAAAACUCGAUAACUUAUUGUGAAUACAUAAUAAGACAUUGUAGCGAGUACUAUUUUAUAUUUCUAUAUAUAUUUUUUGGUUAUGUGUAGAAUACUUAGAUUCCUUAAUCAUUUUAUAUACUGAAGACUGUACUGUAUAGCAAUAUAUUGCUUUUUGUUGAACUUUGUAAACAAACAUGAAAAAAUAAAUGUUUUGUUGAUAUUAAUAUAA